CAUCUCAACACAGAGGUACAAGCCUGUAACGAUGUGUACUGUGGAUCAUGAUGCAAAGUUCAGCUUCAUUGGCAUCAGAGAGCUGAGACCUGACACACACUGCAGGAACGAUCUUGGACCUUUUCUGUUGGUUAUUUCACCCUAAAGUAUUGCACUUUUGCAGGGACCCAAACCAGCAAUGGGUAAACCAAGCUAUGGAUACUACCGCACCACUAUCUUUUUGGCCAUGUUUGUUGGCUACACGCUGUACUACUUCAACAGAAAGACUUUUUCAUUUGUGAUGCCCUCCCUCAUGCAAGAGAUCACGCUGGACAAAGAUGACCUGGGCAUGAUCACCAGCAGCCAGUCACUGGCCUACGCCAUCAGUAAGUUCAUCAGCGGCGUGCUGUCGGACCAGAUCAGCGCCCGCUGGCUCUUCUCCAUCGGCCUGUUCCUGGUGGGGGGCAUCAACGUGCUGUUCUCCUGGUCCUCCACCGUGGCCGUCUUCUCUGGCCUCUGGUUCCUCAACGGCCUCGGCCAGGGCCUGGGCUGGCCCCCCUGCGGACGGGUGCUGCGCAAGUGGUUCGAGCCCUCUCAGUUCGGCACGUGGUGGGCCAUCCUCUCCUGCAGCAUGAAUCUGGCUGGCAGUCUGGGACCCAUCAUCGCCACAGUGAUGGCCCAGAGCUACAGCUGGAGGACAACGCUGUUCGUCUCAGGGAUGAUUUGUGUGGUACUCUCCUUCGUCUGCCUGCUGGUCAUUAAGAACGAGCCCAAGGACGUGGGCCUGCCCAACAUUGAGACAGCCAAGAAGGGCAAAGCAGGGCUGUCCAGUGACGAGAGCACCCUGAAGGAGUUCCUGCUGUCCCCUUACUUGUGGCUGCUCUCCUGUGCCUACCUGGUGGUGUUUGGUGUGAAGACAGCCUGCACCGACUGGGGCCAGCUCUUCCUCAUUCAGGACAAGGGACAGUCCGCACUCAUGGGCAGCUCAUACAUGAGUUCUCUGGAGCUUGGUGGCCUACUGGGUAGUCUAGCAGCAGGAUACUUUUCUGACAAGGCUGUUGCCAAGCAAGGCAUGAAGGCCUAUGGCAACCCUCGUCACUUCCUCCUGAUCUGCAUGAUGGCGGGAAUGUGUGUGUCCAUGUUCCUCUUCAGACUCACCGUCACUCCUGACAGCCCCAAGAUGUGGAUUUUGUUUUUGGGAGCUGCAUUUGGCUUCUCUUCUUAUGGACCAAUAGCGUUAUUUGGGGUGAUAGCCAAUGAGAGCGCUCCAUCCAACUACUGUGGGACAUCCCAUGCUAUUGUUGCUCUGAUGGCCAACAUUGGUGGUUUCUUGUCCGGCCUGCCCUUCAGCACCAUAGCCAAACACUACAGUUGGGAAAUGGCCUUCUGGGUGGCCGAGAUCACUUGCCUCAUCACUGCGGUGGCAUUCUUCCUGAUGCGCAACAUCAGAACCAAGAUGGGACACGUUUCAAAGAAGGCAGAUUAGAUAUCGCUGGUCGCACAUCAUCAUUCACCGCUGCCAAGAAGGAAAUUGAUUCAGAAUGGAUAAUUUACCUUUGUUUCUUUCCACUUUUUAUAGUACAAUUUGUGUCCAUUGUAUGAAACAGUCUUAUACAUUCAUGGUGCUGCAUUUUUUGCAAACAUUUUUCGAAAGGUGUAUCAUGUUCAUAGUUUUUUUUAACAACUUUCAAUUAUUUUGCUGGGAACUAUAAAUAUUGUUCAUGUGAGUACAUUUAUGGGGUGCAUGGUCAUAUUUUAAGGAAUCGUAAAGUUAACUACAUUUGUCAUAGUUCACUCUCACUCUCAUUUUGUAUAAUUCAAGCCUAAUCAUACAAAUGUCUGCUAAAUAUGGUUAGAUCAGGUUGGAUAUGAUUGCAAACUUAAAAAGACAAAGAUAUGAACAGGAAUUUAUUCCCAAGGUAUUUACACAACAUGUCAUAUUUACAAUGCAACAAAUAUAACCACAUCAUUAGCAAAAAUCCAACAUUAGAAUGUGUCUCAACGGUACUUCAACACAUCUGUUUUGAAUAUACAUGACCUAGUUCAGGCAGUCUAGUUUUGUCUUCUCAAGUUCAAGAACCAGGUCCAAAGCUUCCAGCCUUCUCUGCCACCUCUAAUGCGAUCUUCAAAUUCUGAUCAAAAAGUUCACACCUGAAAAACAAAAGCACUUAAAGCAAGACUGGCACAUCAUUUCAGCCAACAUUUCUGAAAGGCUUUGUGUAAGACUCUUUUGCUUUUUCAUUAAGCUAUCUUCAUAGUUUCAUAGUUACCUGAUAGGCAUCUCCAGAGAGUAAAAGGGGUUCUUGAGGGCAAAGUCUGAAUAGAUCUCGUAAAUCUUUCUCAGCAAUGCAUCAAUGCCGGACUGCCGUGGAUCUGCCAGGACUAUAAACUUUAUCCCUUUAACAUCGGAGAACAGAUAAUCAGAAGUCACAAAUAAGCAGAUAACUUGCAAUUAAAAUAUAUCUUGCAUCUUCGAUAUUUACAUUUUGAUAUAAACAGUAUUAAAUAGAUUGCAUUUGGCAGAUAAUAUAUUUGGAUCUCAAAUGUACAGCAUGGUUUACAAUAGGAAUACUUUGGAAUAAUGGGGCAUAAUGGUGUGUUCCAGAAUCCUAGGACACCAGCCUUCCGAGUUGCACGUUUGACGUCACUUCGGGUCUCGGAGCAUUCACAGCGUUCCGGUUCGUCUUUGUGAUUGUGGCAUGAAAUUAGCUAGUCGUUGUUUAUUGUUAGCUACAUUAGCCUCUUUAGCAAACCAAGCCGAAAACAAACAACACAACUUUACAAUGUAUUGCACGCACAGCAAGACCAUGCAAUGUCUCAAUUGGUGACCGGAAUAAAGUAGCAAUGUGAUGUAAGAGCAUUUAAAAUCGAGAUUAAAAUGACCUACGUGAUACAAAUACAAAAAAAUAAAAUCUCUUCUAGGGCGCAGCCAUUUUGUUGAAGGCGUC